UUCGUGAUUGUAUCCAAAAGACCCUGAAUGAGUGGAGCUCCCAAAUCAGCCCAGAUUUGGUCAGGGAGUUUCCAGACGUCUUGGAAUGUACUGUGUCUCAUGCAGUAGAAAAGAUAAAUCCUGAUGAAAGAGAAGAAAUGAAAGUUUCUGCAAAACUAUUCAUUGUAGGAUCAAACUCUUCGUCAUCAACUAGAAGUGCAAUUGACAUGGCCUGCUCAGUCCUGGGAGUUGCACAGCUGGAUUCUGUGAUUAUUGCUUCACCUCCUGUUGAAGAUGGAGUUAAUCUUUCCUUGGAGCACUUGCAGCCUUACUGGGAAGAAUUAGAAAACUUAGUUCAGAGCAAAAAGAUUGUUGCCAUAGGUACCUCUGAUCUAGACAAAACACAGCUGGAGCAGCUGUAUCAGUGGGCACAGGUAAAACCAAAUAGUAACCAAGUAAAUCUUGCUUCCUGCUGUGUAAUGCCACCUGAUUUGACUGCAUUUGCUAAACAAUUUGACAUACAGCUAUUGACUCAUAAUGAUCCAAAAGAACUGCUUUCUGAAGCAAGUUUCCAAGAAGCUCUCCAGGAAAGCAUCCCUGACAUUCAGGCGCACGAGUGGGUGCCACUGUGGCUGCUGCGAUACUCGGUCAUUGUGAAAAGUAGAGGGAUUAUCAAAUCGAAAGGCUACAUACUGCAAGCUAAAAGAAGGGGUUCGUAACUAUAACCUACUGACCUGCAUUUCCCUUGGAUAUAAGAUAAAGUUGAGAUGUGUCAAAAUCUAGUUCCUGCCUGUGAAUGGUGCCACUGAGGCAGACACUCUUCAGUUGCAGUUGACAGUCUAUUGUCUGUCAAGAGUUGAGUACUUCUCUUGCCUCCAUAUCAGUCCACUCACAUGAACCACUUAUGUUGUUUUCAUUAAACUAUUGUUUUCUAAUUGAAAUUGUCUAUAAAGAAAAUACUUGCAAUAUAUUUUUCCUUUAUUUUUAUGACUAAUAGAAAUCAAGAAAAUGUGUUGUUAGAUAUAUUUUGGGCUAGGUAUCAGGGUAAUGUACAUACAUAUUUUUAUUUCUGAAAAAUUCAUUAAUUGCUUCUUACUCUAUAGCAUAACUUAGCAAUUUAAUUACAAUUGUUAGACCUGAAAUACUGGAAGAAGAUAUUUUUCCUGUCAUUGGUAAAAUAAUGAUAUCUCAGAGUAACUGGAGUAGCUGGGAUUUACUAGUAGUAUAAAUAAAAUUCAUUCUUCAGUACAUGAA